UUCUUUCUCAGCAACCUUGUGCCUUGGCUUCUUCUCCUUCUUCUCCAUUACCAACCCCCCCUCUCUUCCCCUUUGCUCUGCAACAAACAGAGGGAGAGAGAGAGAGAGAGAGAGAGAGAUUUAAAAAAAGAAUGGCGCUAGAAGCAGUGGUGUACCCACAAGACCCUUUUGGCUACAGUCGGGAUCAGUAUUACGCCCUGUCCGGUGGCCUCCAGGAGUUGGCCGACGAGAAGGCCUUCUUGGCCGCUUUCAGCGACGACCCCAACGGCAACACUGGAUGUUGGGACUACUACUCCUCUUCCUCCGCCACCAACACCUCGGCCAUGCACGGCGUGAGCAUCAGCAUCAGCAGCAGCAGCAGCCAGUGGCCGCCCGUGGACCCCAACUCCUCGUCUCCGGAGACCACCUGCGCCACCGCCGCAGCCGAGGCCGGCAACAGCAACAACAACAACAGCGCCGGGGGGAGGAGGAAGAGGAGGAGGAGCAGGAGCAGCAAGAACAAGGAGGAGAUAGAGAACCAGAGGAUGACCCACAUUGCGGUGGAGCGCAACCGCCGCAAGCAGAUGAACGAGUACCUCGCCGUCCUCCGCUCCCUCAUGCCCCCUUCCUACAGCCAGCGGGGUGAUCAAGCGUCAAUCAUAGGAGGAGCUAUCAAUUUCGUGAAGGAGCUAGAGCAGCUCCUCCAGUCCAUGCAGACCCACAAGCCCAGACCAAAGCCACCCCAAGACAUCGCCGCCGCCAACCACGAGGAUGACAACAGUGAUGUCUCCUCGCCCUUCGCCGAGUUCUUCAGCUUCCCACAGUACUCGACUCGGUCGACGCCGCCGCCGAUGACCCAGUGCGGGGGGCCGGCCGAGCCGACCGCGGCUCCCGAUGACCGCGGCCGCCGCCCCGGGUGGGCGGUGGCGGACAUAGAGGUGACGAUGGUGGAGAGCCACGCCAACGUGAGGAUCCUCUCCAAGAAGAGGCCGCAGCAGCUGCUCCAGCUGGUGGCCGGGCUGCAGGGCCUCCGGCUCAGCGUCCUCCACCUCAACGUCACCACCGUCGACGACGCGGUCCUCUACUCCGUCAGCGUCAAGGUGGAGGAAGGGUGCCACUUGAACACGGUGGAUGAAAUCGCAGCUGCUGUUCAUGAAUUGCUACGUAGAAUUGAAGAGGAAGCUAGGGCUUUCACCUCAUCUUAAGU